UUUUCGACAUUUUCUUCGAUUUCUUCGAUAAAAUAAUUCUUAUUCUCAUUUUUUACUACUAAUAUCUGUGUUUUUUUUUCUGAAAAUGAGUGAAACCGAAACCAUUGUUCGAGAUAUUUUUGGUGAUAGCGAUGAAAGUGAUGAUGAAUUCGAAGGAUUUGAUGGUGAUGUUGGUGGAGAAAAAUCGCAAGAUAAACAACAGCAGCAGCAACAACAACAACAAUCUGAACAAAAAGAUGACGAUGAUGAUGAUCAAAAAAAUGAUGAUAAAGAAUUUGGUUCAGAUGGUUCAUCGGAUGGUGAAGUUUUUGAAAAUCGACCAUCAGAAGAAUUGGAUGAAGAAAAAGUUGAAGAUCCUGAACAGAAUGCCAAAGAAGCUAUACCUGAAAUAUCCGAUAGUGAUGAAGGAUCCGAUGAUGAUGAUGUUAAUCGAAAUGUAAAAUCUGAUAUAAUGUAUGACUUUGAUAUAAUGUUACAAAAACGUAAAGAAAUGAAUUCACGACGAAGACGUAGAAAAAAUAUUGACAUUAUCAAUGAUAGUGACGACAUAAUUGCUGAAUUAAUACAAGAAAUGAAACAAGCUGCUGAUGAGGAUUUUGAAUUGAAUCGUAAUCGUCAAACUGCAACACGAAAAUUGAAAAUGAUGCCAUUAGUUGAAACUCAAUUGAAAAAGAUUGAUUUUCGUGAAGCAUUACUUGAUUCAGGAGUUUUAAGUGUAAUCACUGAUUGGCUAACUAGGCUACCAGAUGGUAGUUUACCACAUUUACAGAUUCGUGAAAAAUUAUUGCGAAUUUUAGUUGAAUUCAAUAUUGAUGAUAUUGAUCGUAUUAAAGCAAGUGGAAUUGGUAAAGCCGUCAUGUAUCUGUAUAAACAUCCAAAAGAAACGAAAGAAAAUAAAAGAAUUGCUGGUCAAUUGAUUGCACAUUGGUCAAGGCCAAUAUUUAAUUUAGAUGCAGAUUUUCAUUCCAUUAGCCGUGAUCAACGUGAAAAACGUGAUUUUGAAAAUAUGGCCAAAUUUAAACGAAGUCAAUCAGAUUCAGGUGAAGGUGGUUCCAGUUCAAAAAUGGCAAAAACUGAACAAAAGAUUAUUCGUCCAGGUGAAAAAGGUUGGGUUCCACGUGCUCGUGUACCGAUGCCAUCAAUGAAAGAUUAUGUCAUAAGACCAAAAUCAACAGUCGAAGUGGAUAUGUCACGUAUAUCGAGUAAAAAACCGAUAACAAAAUUUGAAAAACAUUUGCGAAAUUUUCGUGAAAUGAAAAAAAUAAACAAAAUGAAUCGAGCAAUGCCAAUCAGUAUAGAAGGAAGAAAAAUGGCAUUAUGAUUCAAUCAAUGUUGUAUCCAUCAUCAUU